UCUCUGGGCGUUCCUCCUUCAUUUAAAGAAGUCGGCUUCUUAUUUAUUUUCUCCAUAAAGAACGAUUACACGGGGUAUGAUUGGUAUCGUUAUUAGUCAGCCUGAUUCGCCAUGCAGAACAACCAGAAAGAACAUCUUUACAAAAUUUUAGUAAUCGGUGAUUUAGGAGUGGGAAAGACUAGCAUAAUUAAACGUUAUGUCCACCAACAUUACUCUCAGAAUUACAGGGCAACCAUUGGAGUAGACUUUGCUUUAAAAGUUUUGAACUGGGACGCUGACACAGUUGUCAGACUCCAGCUGUGGGACAUAGCAGGUCAAGAACGUUUUGGAAAUAUGACACGAGUUUAUUAUCGGGAGGCCAUGGGAGCAUUCAUCGUCUUCGAUGUUUCCAGGCUGUCAACAUUUGAUGCAGUGACGAAAUGGAAAGAGGAUUUAGACUCAAAACUGACUCUUUCAAAUGGAAAGCCCAUCUCUGCUGUGCUCCUGGCAAAUAAAUGUGAUCAGGGGAGGGAGAUGUUCACGAACAACGGCAUCAAAAUGGAGCAGUUCUGCAAAGACAACGGGUUUGUUGGCUGGUUUGAAACAUCUGCAAAGGACAAUGUAAACAUUGAUGAAGCAGCCAACUGCCUUGUGAAACAUAUAUUUGCCAACGAAAGCGACCUAAUGCAGUCUGAGGUUCCAGAGACCGUGUCUCCACAGCUAAACUCUACAAAAAUCAGCAGCUGCUCUGCAUGCUUUAAAUCCUAGUACAGCUCUAGACUAUUGAAAUGGAAAUCUGUGGCAUUGUGUGAGUGGGUGUUUGUGUGUGUGCCAGCCUACCAAAUGGGAUCUUGAGCUUUCAGUAGUACAAAAUGUUUUAUUUUUGUUCGUUUUUUGUCCAUACCUUGUAUGUGCAUUAUUGAUAAAUGAAGAAAGGUUCUGGUACAGCCCUAAACAUUACCAAACCAAAGGAUAUAUUCACUUUACCUAUGAGUCUCUUAAGCAGAUUUUAAUAUCGGCGCUCUAAACCCAUAAUCCUACUCUACUGUAGAGCUUUUCCUGCUGUAUUUCUAUUACAUUCAGUAAUGUGAUGAAGGGGCCAAUAAAUCAUCCUUGGAGGAAAGCUGCUGUAGGAUUAAUUUAGAGCUAAACGGUGGAGGUAUCAAGCUGCAGUUUAGGUCGUUAUAGUAGACAACCCCCAGUGUAUUGGUUUCUGGUUGUUCUUUGAAAGCAAUUCAAUUCUUUCAUAAGAAAAUAAAUUAAAACUUUAAAAAAAAAUGUCUCAUCAUUCCAAAGGCUAGAACAAAAAAUGCCUAGCUAUACCAAAAUGCAAUUCCUAAAGUGUGUUACUUGGUGAGUGUACCAAGGAAAUACCUAUAAAAGAGUGAAAAGGUGAAGUGUAAUGUGCGAUGUUACAGCUGUGAACAUGGUGCCAGUCCAUUGUGAAAGCAUCAGGGCUUGGUUGGGGGGGAAACCCUGCUGAUUCUGCUAACACUAAUAAUAAAGUGGCCCAUUGGUCGAAUGCAGAUUCAGUGGCAUGUCUUGCAUUGCUUUUGACACUGCCUUUUUGAAGAGCUUGUGAAACGACACACAGACAGAUCUUACCCCUGAAUUCCAUGAGAGGGCUGUUCUAACACAGAAAUGGGUUAAGAACUUGAUGCAUUUUUAAUUACAUGAAAUGUAUCACGUGUUUACAUUCAUCUGCUGUUGAGCUCUUUAGUAAUACCCAGGUCAUGGAAACACUACUAGCUUCUAAAUAUAUAUUUUUUGGCAGAGAAGAGCAGAUAAUUCAGAUUUGUCUUACCUUUUAUUUGAAACAUAAAAUAAUAAUGCAAUUACAGAUAGUAUUGGGCAAUCAGGUAAAAAUCCUUCUAGGAUCAAAGGUAGGUAAACAAUAUUAAAUGGGAAGUGACUUCAGCCAUCAGCAUUUUUUUGGACAUCUCUUGUCAUUACAUGAAAAUGUUGCUUUUUUGGGAGGGUUUUCAGUUAUUAUUGCUUUUUUUUGUGUGUGUUUUGUAUUGUGUGUUAUGUUUACCAUUUUAAGUCUCUUCAUUUAAGGAGCCACAAUUCACUGGGAUUACUUAAACAAAAAGUAGACAUAUUCUGAAAGCUUUUUAAAAGGACCAGUAUAUAUUUUUCAAUGCUCACGUGCCAAAAAUAUUUAAUUGAAUUCCUACAAGUGUGUCUUCAGUUGGUUGCCCAUGUUAUAAUACAGCUGAAAAGAUGGUUAUUCUGUUGGAUUUUACACUGUAUGUCUGGGUAAUGUUCAAUGCCCUGACUGUAAAAGAUAACCUGUAACCUAAUGUAUAAUAAUAAUGGAUGAUUUUAUUGUUACUGAGGAUUUUCUUAUUUAUUUAUUUUUUGCCUCAAACUGAAGUAUCUGCUAUUGUCUUGACAGGUUGCCUUUGUAUAUAACAUUGAUUUGAUUUCAAUUCAAUUUAUCUUAUCUGGGAAGCAAUGAGAAUCUACAAGAGCAAAGAACAAAUCUGUUUGGAAAAGAAGGCUUUAAAAAAAAGAAGGCUUUAAAACCACAAGAUACAAGUUCAAUCCCAGUCUAGUGUGUAUAUUAAUGAGUAUUGUUUAAUGUGCAUUUAAGUAUUAUACUGUGUACAUAUAUUUAAUCCAUACAAUAAUAUACUUGUCUCUAGAAAUCCAAGAUAAUUAAUAAACA